AUGGCACCAAAUUUUAGCGGCAACAUUCACGCUAUGCUCGGCGUGGCCCGCGACGCUCCGCUCGAGGAGAUCAAGCGGGCGUAUCGCCGCAAGGCCCUCGAGAUGCACCCGGACAAGAACCCGGGCGACACAGCUGCUGCAACCGUGCGGUUCCAGCAGCUGCAGGCGGCGUACGAGUCGCUCUGCCGCCAGAAGGAGGCCGGCGGGGAGCCACACGAAAGCGAGGCGAGGAGGGAGAGGGAGAGGAAGCGAGGAGAGGACCAGAGGAAGGAAAAGGCGUGGGAAGAAGAGGAAGGGAGGCAGCGGAAGCGUAGAGAGGAGGACCGGUGGUGGGAAAAGAAGGAUGAUAAGCGGAAAAAGAAGAGGCGCAAGAAGAAAGAGAGCAAGAAAACAUCGGAAGAAGAGGAGGAGGAGGAAAAAGAAGAGAAUGAGGAGGAGAAGGAGAAGCAGGAGGAAGAAAGGGCUAAGUACUGGGAGGAGGAUGAUGAAGAGAGAGGGAUGGACUGGGAGAAGAAGGAAAAGAAUGAGAGAAGCCACCGAAAAGAUAAGAACCAGAUGAACGGCGAGACGGAAUGGAAGAGGAAGUGGAGCAAGAAAACAGCAGAAGAGGAGGAAGAGGAGGAGGAGGAGGAGAAGGAGGAAGGGGUGGCGAAAGAAAAAGAAAGACAGAUGGAUUGGGAGCAAAAGAAAAAAUGUGAGACGGGGCCACGCAAGGAUAAGGAACAGAUAAAGAAAGAGAGGGCAUGGGAGAGGAAGAGGAAGAAUAAGACAACACCGGGGAAGAAGGAAGAGGAAGAGGAGGAGAAGGAGGAAGAGAGGCACUGGAAAGAGCAGAAGCCAGUGGGUAAAGAGAAUACAAGGGAGAGAAGGAAGAAGCGAAGAGAACUGGAGAGGAAGAGACAGCAAGAGGAAGAGGCAAUGGGAAAGUCAUUUGCAUUGGAUCUUGAUUCUGAAUCUUGUUCCAGAUCAAUCACAAACAAAAUCCCUUCUUGGUCCAAGCAGCAUCACAUGAGUAGUUCAGUGAGGAUGUCUCCUUUCAAAAGCAUCUCAGAUGACUUUGAAGCACUACUGUUUCCCUGGCUAUGUUGGCUGUUUGAAGGCACACCUAUCCUAGCCAAGUAA